UAUCCGGAGGAGAUGUGACUAGCCACGGUUUUCUUUUUUCCAUACCAGUACGGCCCGAUCAGAAGCUGAACCAGCUAGUGUGGCACUGCAGAGAAGACGGGGGGAGGCUGACCUUGGUGGCGGUCGCGGGUAAAUCAAUCCGAGCCCGCGGAAGGCAGAGGUGAGAAGAGACAGCGAACGGGGCGCCGUUCUCUCCACAGAUGCUGCGAGCGGCUAGAUUCUCGGUCGUCGUCUAUGCGGGGAAGCCGUCUGGCGACUCCUUGCCUCACAGUCCCUUCCCUCCGCCUUCGCCUUUCCGCCUCUCCAAGCCCACUUGGGUCGUCAAGACGGAGUCGAAUGUGUGGAAAGAGAAGGUAGAGAAGCCAGAGCCGCCCUGUGUCAUCUGUCAUGGUACCGGACGGGUGCAUUGCCAACGAUGCCAGGGGAAAGGUAGGACAAAUAUGGUGCAUCUUUCCAUGCUUCCUAAAGGAGAAUGGCCCAAAUGGUGCUGUACCUGUGGAGGAAGUGGUCUGAGUUACUGUUCCCGGUGUCUUGGGACGGGUGAAUAUAGGGAGGCUAUGGGAUUUCAAUUCAUGAAAAUGCAUGGGAACUCAGCACAAGCUCAGCAUGAAAACGAUCAUCCUCAAUAGCAUGCUUUCCCUGUGAGGAGUAAGUUGCUCUUUAAUGAUCAAAGUGAACCAUGAUGUCUUUGUGGAAUCGUGACUUCUACAUUGAGGGACGCAUGGCAAACAAAAACAUGUGCUUGGUCCUAGCAUCUGCAGCUGCUUACUUGUACCUGCAAGCAGCCAUCAGUUAAUGGUUCCUUGAUGCCGUUUUUUUUUUAUCUUUGUAACUAACAUAUACACACACUCAACCUGAUAUGUCAUUUCCAGUUAUGUUCCUGCAAUGCCUGUUUUAGAAAUUUGUAUUUGGCACGGCAGGAGUCUCAAUAGAACAGACUAUAACUGUAAAGAGCGAGUCUCAUAUGGUAAACAUGGGGCAGCUUAUCGAUUGAAUUACAUUUUGCUGAAUCUUUUA